UACUCAAAUCAUUUCUUCAUCAUUCAAUUCUUCUCCCUUGUCUGUUUUCAAUCGUCUCAAGAAUCAUACCAAUGGCCAGUCAUAGCGAAGUAUCUGCACUUUGGUUCAUCGAGAAGCAUCUACUCGACGAGCUUUCUCCUGUGGCUACAGAUCGAUGGACGAUACACGAAUCAGCUUCAACGGAAUCUAGCUCCGAUUCAUCUCCUAUGAUCUUCGGAUCAUCAUCAUCAUCAUCGGCUCCAGUUGAUUUCUCUGGAUCUCUGUUCAAACCUGAAAUUAUCGAUCUCUCGACGCCGAGAUUCAUGGAUUUGAUUUCGGUUUCUGAUUUCGAUUUUAAACCUCCUUAUCAAACCGAAAAUCAAUUCGAACCGGAGUUUGAAACUCAAAUCCCAUCUGCGUCUGACGACGACUCGCAAUCGAACCGAAAACCGCCACUAAAGAUCUCGGUUCCAACCAAAACCGGAUGGAUUAAAUUUAAUCCGCAACCGGAAGUCGCUAAACCGAGUCAAGCGAUCGCUGAAGAGAGAGAGCGUUACAGAGGAGUAAGACAAAGACCUUGGGGGAAAUAUGCGGCGGAGAUUCGAGACCCGAAUAAACGCGGAUCUCGCAUUUGGCUCGGGACGUUUGACACCGCGAUUGAAGCGGCUAGGGCUUACGACGAAGCAGCGUUUAGACUUCGAGGAUCAAAGGCAAUUUUGAAUUUUCCCUUAGAGGUCGGGAAGUGGAAACCACGCUCUGAUGCUGCUGACGGCGAGAAGAAACGGAAGAGAGAAGAAAUCGACGAUGAGGAUGUGAAGGUGGCGGAGAAAGUCUUGAAGACGGAACUGAACGUUAACAGCGGAGAGAGUGUGCCGUUUGUAACGUCAAACUUAACGGAGUUAUGCGCCUGGGACUUGACGGGGUUUCUUAACUUUCCGCUUCUGUCACCGUUAUCUCCUCAUCCAUCCUUUGGUUAUUCGCAGUUGACCGUUGUUUGAUUAUGUGCUAGUGUUGGCGGUGUGCACGCUAACGUGGACUUUAGGUGCAUGAGAUUGGAAAAAGAAAGCAUCUACGUAUACAUGUGUUCAUAUUUUUUUGGUUUAUUUCUAUUUGUUCAUUCUUUUUUUUUAUAAUAAUAUUAUUUUGUUAAUUGCAAACCGGAGAAUUGAUUUUUUUGCUUUG